AUGAGUAUCUACCUAUUAAUUAUUUUCUUCUCCCUUAUUAUGGAAAUGACUAUCCUAUUCAUACUCGUCUUACCAUUACCAUUCUCCAUACGAAGACUUUUUUUCAGCCUUUUUGAAAGAGCAACUAAAUCCAUGCAAGUCAGAACAAUUUCCUCCAUAUUUGGUCUCUUGGUAUCAUUCUUAUUUUAUGAUUCAAGGAAAAGGUCAAUGGUUCAUGUCCUUACCUAUCAAGAUGAUGUAUCUGGUCAAAAUGUCACUCCAAUACAUGCUCUAGCUUCUAGAGCUUAUCAUCAAAGAAAUAUGUACUUGUCUGGGUUCAUAUUAUAUUUUGGGGUUUGUAUUGCGACCGUGAUGACUAUACUUGGGAAAUUAGUGAAAGUUCAUGAUGAUAUGCAUAUGAGAGAAUUAGGAAAUAUUGAAUAUAUAGCAAAAUCUCGUAUUGAUGACCUUAUUAAACUGAAGCAUGAAAAGGAACAAAAUUUAAGGGAUUUGAAAUUACAAGUGGCAAAAUUGAAAACCGCCAGCACUUCUUUCUCAUAA